UAGUAAAGUUUGAAAAUUCGCUUACUGGAAAAAUAAAAACAAAAGUGUUUCUUUUUUUCUUCUAUAUGAAAUAAAUUUUGUUGUUUGUGCAUUUGUAUAUCAAAUCCAUACCUUUGCUUCUUCACACAUACCGCCCACCCCUCUGUCUGUAUCUAAAUUAAAAUUCAACACAAAAAUUUAUUCUGUGUUUCUCUUCAUUUCUCCCGAUUCCUUCCUGAGUGUAGACAAUUUUUGCAAGGAAACUAAAACAAAAAUUGUUUACAAUGAAAAUAAUAUUCUGACCUAUUCCCUAAAAUACUCGCAUAGGAAGAAUUUAAAAAAAAAAAUCAAUCAAUUCCAGUUUAAAAAAGAAAAAAAGGGAAAAAUACAAAUCGCCACCGGUUUACGCGGUGCAGUGAAAAAUUAGUUUCUUUUUCUGUUUUCCACUGAAAAUCUGAUUCACAGGUAGAAAAAUAAAAAUACAAAAUUCUAUGUGAAAACACAAAAAGACCAUUAACCCGGUAAAAAUGUGAAGAAAAAUAAAAUUCCGAAGUGAUUCCCUAAAGAGAAAAGAAAAAUAAUAAAAAAUCUCAUAAAUUCUCAAUCGGAUCCCGAAAGAAUAAGAAAAAGAAUCUUGAAAUCUGAGUCAGUAAUAAAAAGGAUUACCUUCAUAAGACGUCGAGCCGAUCAGCUCCAAAGACAACCUCCAGAAUGACAGAAAGGAAGUUUACUCGUGGCCUAAACAAGCCAGGAAUGGCUGCCCAGCUUCGGGAGACCGUCUCACAAGUUGUCCGCGAAAGUGCUGUUUUGAUUUACACAUCGGUGAACGAUGGAAAUAGGAACAAACCUUCGGUUGUGGAACCAAUUGAUUUUGAAGGAUUUAUAGCCAAAAACAAAACAUUAAUUCAAAAUGAUCCACAUCGUGAGCUGUUAAUGUAUCCAAAUGAUGAUGUUUCGGAAGUUGUAUUGCCACGUAAAUUUCGCACAAUCUCGAGUACAAUACCAAAAUUUAGCGCACCACCAAAUACAACAAUUAUCACGCACAAUAACAACGUAUCAUCGCACAAUGGGAGCAUUUCCUCGCAGAAUGGAAACGCAAAUGGAAAUGCCAAUGGCAAUGGUAAUUUAUCAAGACAAAACUCACUCUCGUCCACACAAUCGUCCUCGCCGAAUGGUUCAUUGGGUUCAAUUACUUCACCGCUGUCGGCAACAUCCUCAUCAUCGUCCUCGUCGAGUUCGACAUUGAAAACAAGCACUGGAACAAUAAGUCAGAGACCAUCAUCACCAAUGGGUGGAGGGACGUUGCUCACUCGACAGUCACUGUAUACGUAUCAAACUAAUAAUCACUUGGUCCACUAUAAGUACAGCACUUAUGGUGGAACUUGUCAUGAUCUUCCCAAAAUCAUUCCCGCUGAACAACUAAAAGAAGAACUCUAUGAAAUCGAUGCGGAUCAAGAUCGCAUUGACGAACAAAUGACGAAGUCACAGGCUGAUUCCAUAACCAAACAAGGCUAUCUGCUGAAAGGCCCCGAUACAAGUUCCGAUAGAAUGUUUGCCAACAUUGGUUCAAAGUCAUUCAAAAGGAGAUAUUGCUAUCUGCGGCAGGAGGUCGAUGGAACCUACAUCUUGGAGCUCCACAAAGACGAAAGGCAGGGUGAAGCCAAAGCUACUAUUGUCAUGGAUUUCUGUACAGAAGUUGUACAGAAUCCUAAAAGAAGUCGUCUGUGCUUUGAACUACGCAUGACAGCUGGACACAAAUCCUUUACCCUCGCAGCUGAAAACGACGAAGAUUUCAAAGACUGGCUGAGUAAACUAUCUUCGGUCCUGCAACAAAAUAAAAUCCAAGAAGAUAAACGUGUGUCUAGUUUGGAGCGAGCUCCACCACCUAGUCCCAGUACCAUGAUGUUUGGCACCCUCAAAGGUCUCGAUCAGAGCAUGAAUCCUCAGUUGAUUAAAUACGGCCGUGAAACUGACAUAUCGAUUGCCCAGGCUAGGAGAGAAAAUAGACGAAGACUCUUUGCAUGUUACCAAUCGCCCAGCAAAGCCACCAUCUCAGACCAUGUUGACCAGUAUCGUGAGCAAUUUGGCCAACGGAUACUUGUGACUUGUAAGAGUUUGAAAUUUCGCCUACAAAAUCCAACGGAUGGAGAGAAGGAAUCUCUGUGUCAAGUUGAGCCAUACAUAACGAGUCUGGCUUUGUAUGAUGCCAAAGCCGGACGAAAACUGACUGAAACAUUUUAUUUUGAUAUAAACUCGGAAAAUGUUAGAGACAUGCUGCCAAGUCAAUGCUGUUCAUCCAGAACAGAGAUGAAUGGUGGUUCGAAGAGGUCUAUGAAUGGUGAGCUACCAGGAGAAUUAGCCAAAUUACCUGAGGAUUGGUUGACCUAUCCCAAGCAGGGAAUCCUUAGUGUAACAACACCGCAUCCUGAUGUUUUUCUGGUAGUGAAAAUCGAAAAGAUACUUCAGGGUGGUAUAAAUCAGUCCACAGAGCCAUAUCUAAAAGCUGCAAAAGAUCCCAAAGCUGGCCUGAAGCUGCACAAGUCGGUAAGGUCGUAUUCACAGAAAAUCGGUCACUAUCGCAUGCCUUUCGCAUGGGCUGCGAGACCUUUAUUCCGUCUGUAUAGCAGUGAACUGGAUACAACAAUAGAAUUCCCUGCAAUCUAUCGACAAGAUGCAAAUCGCUUGAAAGACGAAGAAUUGUUAAGACUUCUGGCCGAAUACCGAAAGCCGGAUAAAUUUAGUAAACUAACUGUGAUACCCGGAUGUAUUAAGAUCGAUAUUGAAGGAAUAUCGGAACUGCCAAAUAACUCCUUGACAACAACUCUGGCGCCAUUAAAGCCAUUUCCUAUGCCUCCAGUAGUUGAACCAACUUUGGAACUAUCAGAAUUCCAGAGCACCUCAGAACGUGAUAUAAAUCCCUAUACAACAUUUGUAAAUCACUUCUUUGUCUAUCCAAUUGGACUUUCAUUCGAUAGCCAGAAAGUGUUUUCAAGAGCUCGCAAUAUAACUGUAAUUAUUGAACUACGCGAAACGGAUGGAGAUGACUCGAAAGCACUCAAAUGCAUUUAUGGACGACCGGGACAAGAUUUGUUUGUUUCUCAAAUAGCCUGUCCGGUACUGCAUCACAGUACCACGCCGACAUGGUAUGAGGAGAUUAAAUUGCGCCUGCCAUUGCAUCUUACAAAUCAGCAUCAUUUACUCUUCUCAUUCCUUCACGUUUCCUGUAAUCUCUCAAAGAAACGCGAUACAAAUGCUUCAUUCGAAACGCCAGUAGGCUAUGCCUGGUUGCCGUUGCUCAAUAAGGGAAAAAUUAAUUUAGAAGAACAAAUAUUGCCAGUGGCUGCUACAUUGCCUGGUGGAUAUUUGUCCAUUCAGCCACUUGGUCUUGGCAAGGGGCAGAAUUGUGGUCCCGAAAUACAAUGGAUCGAUAACCAGCGUCCAUUGUUCACGGUUACAUUCCGCUUGGAUUCGACAGUCCUGACCGGCGACCAGCAUUUACACAAUUUCUUCGCUCAUGCCGAGAAGCUCCUGGAAAGUGGAAAAAUCUCCGCAAUCCCAGCUGAGUCUGAAACAUGUAAAAUACUCAAAGCAGCUCAUGCAAUUCACAUAACCUCACUUAUAACAUUCCUGCCAACGGUUCUCAAUGAACUUUUCACACUACUUGUGAACACAACCAGUGAGGAGAUUGGUCUCAAUGUCAUACGACUUCUGACCAAUAUCAUUCACAUGGUUAUCGAGGAAGCUGGACGAAAAGAACUCCUAGCUUCGUAUACAAAGUAUGUCUUCUAUGCACCAAAUUUCAGCCAGAAGGGACUGGGCAGCCAGACUAGAACAGUUCAUGGUGAAUUAUGUCGUCAUCUGCCGGCGAUUUUGCAUCCUACCAAUACCGAUUUUCUGAUAGUCAACAAAUUCAUGAAAUACUCGGGGAUUUUCUUUGAGAUUGUGAUCAAGAGCAUGGCUCAGCAUUUGCUCGACACUGGGCGAAUACGAAUGCAUCGAAAUGAGAGAUUCCCCAAAGAGUUUCCGGCCAGAAUUGAGUCGUUGAUUCAGGUGCUGGUGCCAUAUUUGAUAGCCCGCUAUAAGGAUCUGCCAAUCGAGACACAACAAUUGAACAAGUCGCUUUCGGUGUUUGUUAAGCGAUGUCUGACUUACAUGGAUCGAGGGUUUGUCUUUAAGUUGAUUCGAUUCUAUAUGGAGAGCUUUGCUCCGGGAGAUCCUCGAACUCUGCAGGAAUUCAAGUUCAACUUCCUGCAGGAGAUUUGCCAGCAUGAGCAUUUUGUACCACUGAACUUGCCAUUCCUCUUGAAUCCUAAGAACCGCCCACCAGAGAUGAUGCAUCAUUUCACGUUGUCCGAGGAUUUCUGCCGGCAGCACUUCCUUUCCGGCCUGAUGUUGCAGGAGGUGAAGGGCAGUUUGAAUGAAAUGGCCAAUGUGAGACGUCAUGCAUUGGGAAUCUUCAAGAAUCUCCUAGCGAAGCAUGAAUUAGAUGAUAGGUAUCAAAACAGAGGACAAUUGGGACGAAUCGCCCUGCUGUACGUCCCCUGGCUCGGCAUUGUUCUGGAGAAUCUGAAUAGAAUUCCUGAUCUCAUGGAAGAGGGAGCCCAGAAGCAACCAUUUGGAGGCGAGAGUGGUUCGUUCACUCAGCGAAUCUCAUCGAGCAGCAGUUAUGUGUUUUCCAAGGACCUGGGAGUGACGUCCUCCUCCAGCACACCCCGUGCCCGCAACAGAAUGACCCUCCACAUCGAGCAUCCAAACCCAAUGCGUGGUUCCAUGAACAUCAAGGACUCGAAUUAUCUGGCAGCCAUCGCUGGACAAAUCAUAACAAAUGGAAACUCAGAGACAUCGUUGAACUCUCUUAAUUCAGAAUCCGGUUCCAAUGACACAACCCACAUCCACAACGACAACGAAGUUGCCCUCCGGAAUGGACAUAACCGUUCGAUAAGUGUCACCCAACCGAUGACACGAAGUGACAAAUUCUCAGCAAUAGAAACUAAAGAUCUGCUCACAGCAUUUCUCUUUGUCAUAAAGCACCUGGCCCAGGAUCAGAUGAUUGGAUGGUGGCAGAAUUGCACUGAGUCAGAAAUUGUUUCAUUCCUCACCAUCCUUGAUCUGUGUCUAGUCCAUUUCCGCUAUGUGGGAAAGAAAAAUCUCAUUUUGAAUGAUGAUUUGGGUAAGAGCAGUCGCCUGGCCAAGGCCAGCACAUUACCAGCUCGAAUGGCGCCGCCAAAUAUGGAAAAUGGCAAUGCCCACGAAACGGGCACUCUAAAUCUCACCCAGAAUCGGGAGAAUCUAGUCGAAGAAACUGUACGUAGUCAGUUGGCAUUGUAUGAGUCGAAUUUUGCCACCGAAGUCGGUAUGAUCAUCCUCGAUUGCAUGGGACUCUAUUCGAUACAAUUUAGGGAUAAGUUGAACGAGAGUUGUGUGUUACCAAAGUUGGCGCGAGUUUAUUUGCGUUAUUUGCAGCUCGGUCAGUCCGAGAACCUUUCCAAACACGUGUUUGCUGCCCUUCGAGCGUUUAUAAAUAACUUCUCUCCAGCGCUUUUCAAGGGAAAUGCUCUUCUCUGUGGACAAAUGGUGUAUGAGCUGUUGAAGGCUUGCGACAGUAGAUUGGUGACGAUUCGGCAUGAAUCCUGUGCCGUGCUCUAUUUGCUGAUGCGAAGUAAUUUCGAGUUCAGCGGACGAAAGGGUCUAACGAGAGUUCACCUGCAGGUGAUAAUUUCUGUAUCUCAGAUGAUUGGCAAUGUGAUUGGACUGAACAAUGCCAGAUUCCAGGAGUCUCUGUCGUUGAUCAACAGCUAUGCGAAUAGUGAUAAGGCCAUGAAGGGAACCGGCUUCCCGGUUGAGGUGAAAGACUUAACACGACGCGUACGGACAGUUCUAAUGGCCACAGCCCAAAUGCAAGCUCAUCACAUGGAUCCAGAGCGUCUUCUGGAACUCCAACUAUCUCUAGCUAAUUCCUAUGCAUCCACUCCCGAACUCCGACACACUUGGCUUAUCACCAUGGCUCGGAAUCAUGAGCAAAAUGGAAACAUCUCUGAAGCAGCUUGCUGCCACUUGCACAUUGCUGCUCUUAUGUCAGAGUAUUUGAAGCUGAAGGGUUGUGGGACUAUGGAUUGGGGUGCUGCUGCCUUCACUGCCAUAUCAAGAAAUAUUCCCCGUGACGAGAAAGGUUUGAAAUUGGAUUCAGGAGCUCAGGAUUCUCAAUAUACCGAACAGAUGAUCUUAGAUCAGUUGAAAGAGUGUGCAGACUAUUUGGACAGAGCCGAACGAUUCGAAUGCUUAGGACCGUUGUAUAAAUUGAUUUUGCCAAUUUAUGAGAAACGACGUGACUAUGUGGCAUUAGCCCAUUCCUAUGAACAUCUUACACAGUCAUAUAAUAAGGUAGUUGAAGUGAAUCGUUCCGGGAAGAGAAUGCUCGGAAGAUUUUACAGAGUGGUUUUCUAUGGACAGAUUUACUUCGAAGAAGACCAUGCUGUUGAAUUUGUUUAUAAAGAACCUAAGCUGACUUCGCUAAGUGAGAUAUCUGAUAGACUAUACAAACAAUACAAGGAUAAGUUUGGAGCUGAAGUUGUCAAAAUGAUUAUGGAUUCAUCACCGGUUGAUGUCAAUGGAUUGGAUACAAAACUUGCUUACAUCCAAGUCACCCACGUCAUCCCCUAUUUCUGCAAAGACGAACUAGACAACCGUCUAAAUGAAUUCGAACAGAAUCAUGAUGUGGAUACGUUUAUGUAUGAAACACCAUUCACAAAAACCGGUGGUGCCCGUGGUAAUGUUGAAGACCAAUGGAAGAGGAAAACCAUCGUCACAACAACAUACUCUUUCCCUUAUGUGCUCAAAAGAAUUCCAAUCAAAGAUCGUCAAAUAAUCGAACUGAGUCCCAUCGAAGUUGCCAUCGAUGAGAUGCAAACCAAAGUUUCCGAAUUGGAAGAAGUGAUUCUACCACCAGCCGAUGUGAAGAAACUCCAACUGCGUCUACAGGGAAGUGUUGCAGUUACAGUUAAUGCUGGACCAUUGGCUUAUGCUUCGGCGUUCUUGGAUCCUAAGAUAUCAGAUAAUUUCCAAAUUGAUAGAGUUGAAGAUUUGAAAGAUGUUUUUAGGGACUUCAUAAGCGUUUGCAACACGGCCCUCCAAUUGAACGCUCGCAUGAUUUGUAGUGACCAAAUCGAAUAUCAUUCCGCCUUGAAGGACAACUAUCAGAAACUAUGCAGUGCAUUAAGUGAGCUACUCGAUGAGCCUUUUACUCCGCUGGACGAGAGUUGUAAUAGCACGCAGCAUCGCAACAGCAUGGCUUUAUUCAAUGCAAUCAGUGGCGCUGCAAAUAACUCAAGUACUGCUUAAAAACAAUAAUCAAACAAACAAAAAACUAAUUGCUAUCAAGAAACAAAAGGGAUAGAGAAAAAGAGUAGAUUAACCAAGAGAAAUUAAUAUGAAAACACAUAAUUCACAAUCAAAUGCACAACCAACGCCCUAACAACAACUAACCCCCCCAUUCCUUGUAUUGUUAUUGUCCCACCAUUCCCCAUUCCCUACAAACCUUUUAUUGUUUUACCUGUUUUGAAAUGUAAAUCUGGAAUGUUAUAGAAAAUUAUAUAACAAAAAGAAAAUAAUUGUAUUGUUUGUGUUGCAUGAUUGAUAAAUGUUUUGUUUUUAUAGGUUUUGGGUAUUACAGCGUUUCUUAAAAACAUAGUGCGUGCCACAGGUGCACCACCUUCAACACAACCCUGCCAGUUCCAUUAAAAAAGUAAUUAAAGAAUAAUAAAACUAAGUCAACGCACAAAAUAAAUUUUUAAACAAAGUAAAUGUUCAUCCCGAAAAAUCUUAAUCCUUCAACAAACAAAUAUCGUAAAUGUGUUAAUUUAUAUCGUAGAUUAAAUUAAAUUUAUUAGAAUUAUGGAUUGGGAGCAAAACAAGAAAGUAACCAGCAUAGAAAAAUAGAAAUUUUAUAAAUAACGAUUUUGGUUUAUGUCUAUGACCGUUUAUUGUCUUUUAACAUUUAUUUGUGUUGAUAAAUAUUUCUUUCCUUUUAUGUGUACUUUUCUAAUAAAACUGGUCAAACCUAAUUUGUUUAUAAUCAAUUAAAUAAUAUAUCAUAUUUAAUAUUUAUGUACUAUGUAGAUAACGUAGAAAUUUUUGAUAUGAACGAAAAUAUAAAAUAGAAACUUAAAAGUAAAAAGAAAAACGAAUGUUUUAAACAUCAAGUUAGUAAGUAGCUCUGAUGAUGAUUAUGAUACAAAUGAUGAUAGUUUUUUUCUGUCUCAAUUUUGUAAUAUUUUAAAUAUUUUGUUAAAUUGCUAUGUAUAAAUGCACAAUGCAUGACAAGUGUGUUUAUUUAUAUAUACAUAUAUAUUAUCCUAUCUGUGGUCCAUUUGAUACAAAACAAAACAAAAACUUUAUGAAUUGUAUGUAUUUUUGUUGCUUCCUAUAAAUAAUAUUAUUUAAAUAAAAUGUCUACUCUUAUAACCUUUACCUAGUCAUUUAAGAGAAUACACUUUAAAAAUGUAUUUACAUAUAUGUAUAUUUCUAUUUACGUUUAUUUUGUUAUAUAUAUUUACUUUAUUUUUCUCGAAUGUAAUUUUUUAUUUUUUAAGGCUAUGAUUAGGUGUAUUUUUAUUUCUCAAAGAAAUUUCUUAAUAAGUUUUUUCUUUCUUUUUAAUAUACUUUUUAUAAAAAGUAAUAUUAUCAAUAUACGUACAAAUAAAAAUUAAAAUAUAAAUAUAAAUGUUGCUUAACAUAUUAAAUAUACAUAAUGAAAUUAAUAAUUUCAGAAAACAAACAAAAAUAUUUAAAAUAUCAAAUUAGUGUCUUUUAAAAGCUAUUAAUGUUGUUUCUUUUUCUAUUUCUUUCAAAAUCAAAAUAAAAUAAAAUUAUAAUGAACUUAUUUGAAUAAUAUAUUAUACGAAUAUAGUUAAAAUAAUGUUUAAAACAAGGUAACGAUCGAAAUAUAAAUAUUAUAUAGAUGUGGAACAAUAAAAUAAAAAAAAUGACAGCGGAAAUCAACUUUAUAUACGGAUUUAUUAGAUGAUGAUAAUAAUAAAUGUUUUUUUAAAAAUAAAAUAAAAAAUACAAA